AUGUCUUAUACAACAGAUUCGCGCGACUCAACAGCGCCUCAGGAUUACUAUUCAAGUCUUGACGAUCAGGGCUCGCUUGUGGAAAAGUUCAAGAAUAUCGACGAUAAGACGCAGUUUUACACUGCUAUGCGCUGCCUAGAGGACCCUCUCACUCAGAAUUUUGUGCUCGAUUUCGGGAAUGAAGAGGCAUGGUGUGCAUCUGAUCUAGGCACCAAUGAACUGAAACUAUUGCUGAGUAAACCGAGAGAUAAAUGUUUCGGUACACGGUGGAUUAAUAUAUGGGCGCCAGAGGAGCAGAAAGAAAGCAUAAGGGCGAUUACCAAACACUAUGGAGUGUCAGAACGACUGCAGGGGAUGAUGUGUACAGAGCCAGUGCAUCCUGCACCAAAAACUACACCUACACCAUUACCAACCAAAAGAACUUCGCAAUUGUCCAGUGUUGCGACGUCGUUCAAGCACGAAGUGGAUGAUGCGGAGAAUGCACUCAAGCAUAUCGCCGAUCAAGAGAAAUCGCGCGAAUCGGCAUCAUUCAAAAACCUCACCUUUGCGCAAGUCACAGAUCAAAUUUGGCAUUUCUCUUCCGUGGAUCAUGGUCCUCGAUGCACAAUAAUAUCAAUUCAAGAGAACCCGUUCGCAAGACAGGAAGAAGUGCUGAUAGACGAAGCCAAGCCAGUCCUCGACAUUGUGCGCAGAAAUAUUCGCUUUAUUUUCGCUGGGGUUUCGAGACAGCACUUUGCUAUGUCCGAGAGCGAGUCGCUAAUCACCAUCCGGGUGCGACAUUUCAGUGACCUCGGACCGGAUCAAGCUAAUAUUAAACAAGAGGAUGGGCCGAGUUUGCUCUUCUAUUAUAUCUUCGAUGACUGGGUGUCAAGUUAUGGACUCAUCGCAAAGCGAGAACACAAAUAUGGUGUUGCUUUGGAGGAAUUGAGAGGCCAAAUGCUCGAUCGUCCAAUAGUGGAUUUGGUGAACGAGUUACACUGGCUGGGCCGACGACUCGCAGUUCUCAAACGAUUGUACCAGAGCUAUGAGCUUAUCAUGCGGCGACUCUUGCAACGGCAACGUAUGCUUCGCGACGAAGCGCGUUCGGCGCAACCAGCCGCGAUUUCGUAUGGAGCCACCUUUGGCGAUAUGGAGUUUGUGGAUAUGCGCCAGUCGAGUGUCGUGAGCAAUUCCGGCUCUCAUAACACAACUGAGAAAUCGGUUGGGGUGCAACUGAGCUCGACGGCGGUGGCUCGCUUCGAACGGUUGGUUGAUCGUAUCAAUCUGUACUGUUUGAGCGAGAUUGAGAACUGCCUCAAUGAGAAAGAAUCCUUGACAUUCCUGAAUUUCAAUUUGAUUGCGCUUAAGGACUCGCAGGCUGUUGAGAAGCUCACUCGGAUCACCAUUCUGCUGGCUAAGGCGACCAUCUUGUUCCUGCCAGUUAGCUUGAUGAGUGCAUACUUCUCGACGGAACUUAUUGGUGUGAAGAAUGGGUACACUAAGACACAGUACUGGGUCAGUUUCGCGGUGAUCUUCGUUACAUCCAUCUUGCUCUUGACCGUUUUCGGUUAUGCCAGCGAUACCGUCGAAGGUAAGACGAUUUACCGAUCUAUGGUACGAACAUUCUUCCGAACAUCUCGUCAGAAAAUGUCACGACGUCGAUCAGAACAAUAG